UGCUGACAUGACAACAGGUGAACGAGAGUUCAAUGACAGACACGCUGAGAGCACCGGACGGGAUGUAUCCACAGCACGGGACUGAAAGCAGACAAUCCUCAGCAGAGAGAGGAGGAUGGGACGUCCUGCCGAGCUUUUGUUUCCUGUGAGAGGAAAACUUCAAUCACUCCAACGCUGCGUCCUGAUUGGUCCGUGCAGCUUUUCAUGAAAAACCUUCCAGGUGUCAUCCCAUUGGUUCUUCAUUCCACUUGUGAAGACCUGUCGGCCAAUCAGCAUUCGCCUGGCAGCGUCUCCUCUGCAGCAGAUUUCUUCUUCAGUUUGGACGCAGAGACUGAAGCUGAGUCAGGAUUCUGCUCCAGUGAUCUACAUCAUGGAGGUUCCCAGGAGGCCUCAGCCCUCCUCCUUCACUCUUCCUCUCCCUAAACCUGCCUCAUCUUCCUCUCUGAUGGGAGCGCCAACGAUGAAGGAUGGAGACGAGACCUUCAGCUCAGAGGAGGACGCCAACCUUUAUGUGGACGCUUCCACACACGUGAGACUCUCCUCUCAGGACAGUUUCUCAGAGGACAGGAAGAACAGGACAGAGGAGGAGGAAGAGGAGGUGCAGAAGAAGACACAGGAGGAGGAAGCAGCAGCUAAAGAGCGGGCGGCUCAGAGGCAGCUGCUGGCCAUCGAGGAGCUGGUCCAAUCAGAGAGGAACUACCUCCGUCUGCUGCAGGUCAGCACGGUGACCAUCAGGGGCAACCUCAACAAACUACAGCCUCCUCCAGCCAACCUGGACAGCAUGUUCCUGUUCAUCGAGGAGGUGAUCCACGUGUCCAGCCGCCUCAUCAGCCUGAUGGACCAGAAGCAGCCCGGAGACCCUCUGUACCUGCAGACCCUCUGUGACUCGUUCCUCAGCCUGUCUGCGGACAUCGAGGCGGCCUAUAAGGAAUACCUGUCCAACUACUCCAACGUCACCGUGCUGGAGAACAGCUACAAACAGAAGGAGGCGCUGUGGGACGACAUCGUCAGGGUCAUCAAGGCGUCGGCGCCGGAGGUGAACGCCACCUCUCUGAGCUUCUUCCUGGUGAUGCCGGUGCAGCGGAUCGCUCGGUACCCGCUGCUCCUGCAGACCAUCCAGAAACACACGGAGAGAAACCACCCGGCGUACGCUCUGCUGGAACACACCGCGCACACCUCCAUCGCCCUGAACUGCCGCAUCAACGAGUACAAGCGCUUCAGGGAAGUGGCCGACAAAUACAAGAAGACAGAAACGCUGAGCAUGAAGGACAAGAUCAACCGCCUGAACACACACAGCAUCGCCAAGAAGACGGCGAGGCUGAGCCAGCAGAUCAAACACGAGACGGGGAUCAAACCCAAGCUGGUGGACGAGGAGUUCGACGCUCUGGAGGGUUUCUUCUACGUUCUGGAGCACGGGAUCCUGCAGCUGCUGGAGAACGUGGAGACGUACCUACACCACCUACAGCGGUUCCUGGCCUGCAGGACCGAGGAGUUUGAUCUGGAUCUGGAUGGAGAGAAGGCUCUGAUCUGCUUCAAGGAGAUCACCACGGCUCUCAGGCAGUGGAUCCUCCCUACCUUCGAGAAGAGGAUGAGGACGCUGAUCCACAAGCCACUCUGUGCUCUCCGGGACCUCCUGCUGGGCCCCAGGAACCUGAUCCGGAAGCGUCUGGACAAGCUGCUCGACUACGAGGUGAUCGAGGCCAAAUCCACGCUGAGCUACGAGGAGCAGGCGGUGGCCAACACCUACAGGACGAUGAACACCCUGCUGCUCACCGAGCUCCCCCAGUUUAACCGCGUGGCUCUGCAGAUGAUCUGGAGUCUGUUGGGGACGUUCAGCUGCCUGCACCGAGACCUGGCCUCCGACGUGGAGCAGCUCUUCCACAGCUUCGCUCAGCAGCUGCCUAAAAGCUCCCUCAGCCCCGGUGCAUUCUGGGAGUGGGCGGAGUCGGCGGUGCUGGAUGGAGCGCAGAGGCUGGAGACUUUGUGCCAGACGGUCGAGGAAACACUGAACGCCCCGUCCAGCCAGCUUCUGAGCCCGUCCUCUCAGCGGCGCCUGCAGCAACUGAUGGAGAAGCACGGCUCGGGGAAGAUCUACCAGGUCUCCGUGACGCUGGUGGGCAGCAGGGACCUGGACCUGAACCUGAACCGGGGAGAGCUGGUUGCCGUCAUCAGCCAGGCCGACACCAGAGGAGACAAGCGCCGCUGGCUGGUGGAUGCUGGAGGUAGGCGGGGGUACGCUCCGUCCUCGAAGCUGAUUCGCUAUCACCAGCCGUCAGAGGAUCCGCCCCCUUCGCCACACCUGACCCUGCCUGACGGGGGCGGGGUCAGACGACACUCCUACACCCCCGAGAGCCGGACGCUGACCGUCCACAGCCAGCCGUGCUUCCAGGUGAUGGCAGUGUACGACUUCACAGCGAGAGGAAACCAUGAAGUGUCCAUCCGGGCCGGAGAGGCGGUUCGAGUCCUGGAGGCGAAAGACAAGCGAGGGAAUCCUGAGUGGAGCCUGGUGGAGGCGAGGGGCGGGAAGAGGGGCUACGUCCCCUCCAACUACCUCUCCAUCAUGCCGAUAGGAGCCGGGUCAGCUGGGACGUACCCGCCGUUCUGAGGAGAGGAAACACUGACCCUCCAGUUUGUGCUUCCCCCUCUAAACAUGCAGGGGUGUGAGCUAACAGCUACAGGACUGCUGAACUUUGACAUACGAAAGCAGUGUGAGCUAAGUUUGCACUGCAGAAGCCCCGCCUCUCCAUUCAUCCGAUUGGACGAUGGGGAAUAACUGCAAAGAUCCCGGGGGGGCUGGGGGGGGGUUUGCAGUUUUUCUUGCCGCUUUAGGCGCUUUUGCUUCUGCAGAAAUGUGAGCUCCGUGGAGCAGAACAUGCUUCUUAUGGAGCUGCUUUAAAUCCCCCCGUCUGAUCGACCUGAACAGCAUCCUGUUAUUAAGCUGCUCUAGAACAACAGCAGAUCAGUGUUUUUCAAGGCACAGAGCCGGGGAAUACAAACAGCCAGGUCUGCUGCUUGAAAACAAGGAAACUAUUCAGUUUCAAAAUCUCUCCUCAGACUGAAAGGCUUUGACGUCAUGCAUUAAACUCCACCCUCAGACUUUAGAUUGGACUCUUUUAUAAGACAGGGUUUUGUUGGCAAUAACUCAACUCUAAAAAUGCAUAUUUAAGUGGAGAAAUCCAACAGAUGUGAGUUUUAAAAACACUGACAUCUUACUGUAACGCCGUGCACGCCUGAGCUAGGAACCUGGCAGGGCAACGGUGGAAAAUGCAAUUCAGACGAUACACGAUCUGAAAGUGAGGAUUUACUUUGUAUAAACAGUGUUUUAAUAUCUAUCUGCUUAACUGGGGAAAUGAAGGAAGCUCCAGCUGCAUAGAGAGGUGCAGGAAUGAGUCCUAAAUCCCGGGAAUGAGUCCUAAAGAGGACCUCUCUGUAGCUGCUAGUUGCAUCAAGUUUUGCUCGUUAGCACUUUAGCAGAACAGCUGAUCUCUGCUCUCUGGAGGACAAUCAUGGAGUUGCACUGCAGAUCUUUUAUAUUAAGAAUCACUGGACACAAUCGGGGGGGGGGGGGCGGCUUCUGAAGGAUCAUGGGAGAAGAGAUGUCCCAGCAUGCUCAGCGGGACGAACGUUUGAGAGCUAAUUGUAACACUAAGAGGUGUGUGUGUGUGUGUCUGUGUCUGUCUGUGUGUGUGUGUGUGUGUGUGUGUGUGUGUGUGUGUGUGUGUGUGUGUGUGUGUGUGUGUGUGUGUGUGUGUGUGUGUGUGUGUGUGUGUGUGUGUGUGUGCGCGCAUCUCUGUGAUUUGAAAUUGGGCUGACAGGUGUGUGUGUGUGUAUUGAGACUGACAGGUACACGUUGCUCUCAUCAUCUCAGACUGUGUAAAGGGAUGUAAAUGUGAAAUAUCUCGGGGGGGGGGGGUGGGUUUAAUCACAGAGAUGGAAUAAUAUAGAGAGGACUGAACUUCUGUAUUAAUUGACUCCUGAUGAUUUUUGGAUACUGAUCAAUUAAUUUGUGCCAUUUCUUUGUAUUUAAUUCAUAUUUGAGUGUAUUUAACAUUUACAUUAAAAUACAUUUCAGUAGA